AUGUGGAGUGCAGACUUAUAUGCACAAGAUGAGAGCGGGGCAACUGCACUACAUUGUGCCGUGUACUUGAAUGGGAUAAAUUGUAUAGAGCUUCUUAUUGGUGCAGGUAUAGAUAUUGGAGUGCAGGAUGGCAAGUGGAGGACAGUUAUACAGAUGGACGGACAGUUUGCACUAUGCUGCAGUAGGAAAAGUGCUCAGCUACUGCUAAGUGUGGACGACUUGCACCUCAGUGCAACUCCACUAAAUGCUGCAGCAAAAGCAGACGAUGGUGACAUCAUCAUAAUACUUACUUCAGUUGGUGCAAAUCUUAAGGCAUAUGAUGAUGAUGAUGGAAUGUCAGCUUUGCACUAUGCUGCACUGCAGGGCUGUGUACAUGACGUACAUGGUAAGACAGCUUUACACUAUGCUGCAUGUCGGGAUAGAGUAGAAUAUGCUUCAGUGUCUGUCAGUGAUGACACAGAUGUGAACAUGUGGGACAAAGUCAGUGUGACUCCUCUCCAUUAUGCAACAGAAGAAACUUCCUCACUGUUGAGUUACUUAAUGAGUCCAGUGACCUUCUGCACAUCUGUAACAUGGAUGGAAUAA